UUCAUGUGGCAGUGCGUUUGGCUCCAUCUACUGACUCGAGCGUGCAGUGCAGUCAAUAUGGCGGCACCCAUUACUUGUCAACCUCACAUUUGACGACAAACGCAGUAAAGAUAAUUGAGAAAGAACUCAAGCAGCCUAAUGGUAUAAUCGAUUUUACGGUUUGUAAUGUCCAGACUGUGCGUAGUAUUCGGUGGUUCCCGGGGGAUCGGACGAGCGGUUUGUCAGCUGUUAGCACAGAGGGGUCAUAGGGUUGUGGUGGUAUCCCGAAAUCAGCAAGCAGCACAUGCUGCUGCUGAAUCUCUACCUGGAGAUAGACAUUUAGGACUGAGCUGUGAUGUAUCAAAAGAAGAGGAAGUCCAGAAAACAUUUGAGACUUUAAGUAAGACCUGCGGCACAGUGGGAUACCUGGUUAACGCAGCUGGCAUCAACAGAGAUGCAUUGCUAUUGAGGAGUAAAUCUGAAGAUAUGGUGUCUGUUCUGCACACUAACCUGCUGGGCUCAAUGUUCACAUGCAGAGCCGCUCUACGAAGCAUGCUUGGCCAUGGAGGAGCUAUUGUCAACAUAGGCUCUGUGGUGGGUUUGAAGGGUAACGCUGGUCAGUGUGUGUACAGCGCCAGUAAAGCAGGACUGGAGGGAUUCACACGCUCUCUAGCCAAAGAAGUCGCUGCACGAAAUAUACGAGUCAACUUGGUGGCUCCAGGAUUCAUUCAGACAGAUAUGACAGCAGGGCUACUAAAAGAAGAAGUGGUGAAGAGAAUUCCGAUGGGACGCUUUGGGGAACCAGCAGACGUGGCUCAAUCUGUCCUUUUCCUCCUGGAGUCCCCGUAUAUCACAGGACAGAUUCUGAUAGCGGAUGGAGGGCUACAGUUGGCCAUGUAAUAAUCCGUUAUAACAGCUAAGGGUUUAUGUAGAUGGGCCCAAAAACACCUUUUGCUCUGAGGUGUGAGAUAUCAGUCUUUGGCUCUUU